UCAGGAUUUGGGGGGAUAUUACUCCGGAGAAAAAGUACAGACACUGAGAGAUAUUUCCAAGACUGCAUUCUUAUCUUUGUCGCCCCCCCGAGCAGAGACACGAGCCCCCCCCCCCCGCGAUGAGGAGCCUUCUUCAGCUUCUGGCACUCUGUGCCGCCGCCUCCUUCUGCGUCUGCUACGACUCUCAUGAAAGCACAGAAUCCGUCGAAGAUCUGUUCGUGGCUCCAAACCAAGCCAACUCGUUCAUGGCGCCUCAGAUGGGGAGCGUGUACGUGCCGGCCAGGGGCAACGGCCACAGCUAUUACAACUUCAUGAGGAAGGUGAAGUCCCCGGCGGAGAGGCGCGCGGAGACCUGUGAGGACUACUCCCCCUGCCGCUUCUACGCCUACCGCCACGGCUUCCAGCAGGCCUUCCAGAGGUACUUCGGCGCCCGCAAUCCCCCCCAGAGGCCGGCCGUGACCCGUCGGUACUAGACGCAAAGCGUCCGUCUGUGCAAAGCAGAGUCGCCGUCCGUCUCCCACCACAUCACAACUUCUCUAUAAUUUGUGUGGUUGUUUUUGUGGCCUCUUGUGGAUGUGAAAUGGAUCCUAGACGUGAGACAGAUGUUGUAAACCAGUGUGGCGUGUAGAACCACACGGGCCAGCGCUCUCUCUCGUGUCAUCUCAGGAUGACCAUCAUCCACUAAUAUCCCAACGUCACGGCAUUUGUUUUUUGUGUUUACUAACCGUUCCUCACGUUAUCCACCUCUUUAUCCCGCUUUGAAUAAAUAAACAAACUCCCCUUCAUUGGGGUUUAUCUUAA